CGUUGCUGGCAGUGCCGCUGGGCGGGAACUGCGGCUGCGCCUUGGCUUGGGGGAUGAUGGGAACAUCAAGACAAAAGGAUAAUAAAUAACUAGCAAAACUGGAAUGAGCCACAACACAACAAUUGUCUCUCGCCGCCUUUUGCGGCAUCGAUUUUAAGGAGACACAACCAAGCGCACAUCACAUCCUUUGCAGACAGGACAGCAGGACGGCAGGACAACAGGGAGUCUGGGAUUUAGCAAGCUAGAACAAGUCCAGCACGUUUGCGGAACCAGUUUUAAUGUCAGAUAGACGUUACUAUUUCACAUCAGAGCAACGAUACAACACCCCGGGCGACGUCGACAAUGAUUGUGCUGAUGAUGGGCUUUUGUAUCCUCGCCGGGAUAUCAACAAUGACAACGAGAACGACAACGACAAUGGGGCCAAUGCGGACAAUGAGCCGGAUGCGGACAAGGACGACGACUCGGAGUUCCUGCAGGACGUGCCCUACUCAUCCAGCAGCAUUGACCGCAGCUCUGUGGGCUCCAUACCCUGGGCAGACGAUGCCAUCAAGAAGAACCUGCUGGACUGGGAGCGGGUGGAGCGCAUGCUGAGCGGUGAGGAGGUGCUGCCGGAACAGGAGCCAGAGCUCAGGCACGAGAUCGCCGACUGGCAGCACAAAUUCCCCAUGCUGGUGGGCCGCAAAGUGCGGAUGCGGUCGCUGCGCCAUCAGAGCUUCGACAGCCAAACGCGGCGUGACGAUGAGUCUGUGGACAUCGAUUCCAUUUCAAAUCUCAGUCUGAACUCGCUGGACGAUGAGGAUAUUGAGGACGAUGGCUUUCGAACGCCCACAGCAGAGCCCCAGCACCAGCAGCACCACCAACAGCCUCGGACUUAUCUGCGGCCCACCCACAAUCUGGUGGACAUUCUGGAUCGUGAUCUGCGUGUCACUUCAGUGUCGGUAAAGCUGCUCAAGCGACAGCGCUCCCAGCAGCAGCAGCCGCACCAAGCGCAGCUGCCCCCAAAACUUAGCUCUGCGGUGCCCCAGUCGGCACGCUUGAGGAUGCCGCCCAUAUUAAACGUCCUGGACACGAAUCGUCGAUUUCGCGGUCUCCUCAACAACCGCAGUUUCGUGCAGCUAACACAGGUCCAACAACAACAGCAGCAGGCCAAAUCGGCAGCCCUUACCCAUGCGAGCAGUGCCGAGCGAAGACAGUAUCACCAUCACCAUGCGGGUAACCGCUCGGCCUGGCACAUGCCGAUGGCCGCGAGCCGAUUCUUUUCGAACAACAAGAAUGCCAUUGUGCUGCCGGCACUGAAUCUGAGCCGGCACAGGGACUACGGCAGAGCAACAGCCGCCACCACAACGGCCACAUCCAGCCAGACCAAUUCAAGCGGUGGCGGUGGCCACAACAGUCACAGCAACAGCAACAGUUCCUCUCGCACCCUGCACCCAUUCGCGCUGCCUACGAACUCGAGCAACACACCGUCGACGGGUCGCUCGAUCUCGGCUGCAGUGCACCAUCCUCGGUCGGAGUUUGCCUCCAACAGUGCCUUCUACAUACCGUACAGUGCCUCGAAAUUCAAAGCCUUCAAGUAACCUCAUGCCAUGUAUACAACAAGCAAUAAAACUGAACUUAAAGGAGACUUUAUUCGGAA